AUGAAGAGAAGAAUUGAUGAUGCAAAAAGUAUAGGCAUAAAUGAAGAUGAUGCCUUGAAGAUGCGAGCCAAGGACAGAAAUCUUGAUAAAAAGGCACAGAAAACAACGAACAAGAAACCGACCGAGAAGAAAGCGGUGGAGGAGAAGAACACCAUUGUAGGCGAGAAGGCUCUAGUGGAAAAGAAGCCCAAGCGUGGGAAGAAGAUUCCCAAGGACGCUGGCUCCGCUUCCGGCGAUAAAAAGAAUAAAAAGGCAAAGAAGAACAUUGAGUCUUACAAGACCUACAUCUUCAAGGGGCUGAAGAAGGUCCACCCCGACCUUGGGAUCACUAGUAAGGCAAUGGGAAUCAUGAACAGCUUCAUCAAUGACAUCUUUGAGAAAUUAGCUCAAGAGGCUUCCAAGCUUGCCCACUGUAACAAGAAGCCAACGAUCACUUCUCGGGAAAUUCAGACCGCAGCCAAGCUUGUAUUGCCUGGCGAAUUGGCUAAACAUGCCAUUUCUGAGGGAACCAAGGCGGUGACCAAGUUCACGAGAGAUAAAAAACCGACCGAGAAGAAAGCGUUGGAGGAGAAGAACACCAUUGUAGGCGAGAAUGCUCUAGUGGAAAAGAAGCCCAAGUGUGGGAAGAAGAUUCCCAGGGACGCUAGCCCCGCUUCCGGCGAUAAAAAGAAUAAAAAGGCAAAGAAGAACAUUGAGUCUUACAAGACCUACAUCUUCAAGGGGCUGAAGAAGGUCCACCCUGACUUUGGGAUCACUAGUAAGGCAAUGGGAAUCAUGAACAGCUUCAUCAAUGACAUCUUUGAGAAAUUAGCACAAGAGGCUUCCAAGCUUGCCCACUAUAACAAGAAGCCAACGAUCACUUCUCGGGAGAUUCAGACCGCAGCCAAGCUUGUAUUGCUUGGCGAAUUGGCUAAACAUGCCAUUUUUGAGGGAACCAUGGCGGUGACCAAGUUCACGAGCACUUAA